AUGGCCAUGCUGGAGAGGCUUCUUCAGGACUUCCUCCAGACCUCCCGCCCCGCCGAACUCCGCAGCUGCGCCCAGCUGCUGCGGGGUCGUCGGUCGCGGCACGGCGCCGCGCUGGGUGCGGCCUGCGGAAGGUGGUUGCAGCGCUGGCACCAGGGGUGGCUGGAAGGAAGCCUCAGCGCAGGGCGUUACCAUUCCGUGCUCUUGCACCGAACUGGCGCCGUGGCGGUGGGCCUGAACGGCGCGGGCGAAUCCACGCUUCCUCCGCUGCCGGAAGGUGUCCGGUAUGUUGCAAGUGCUUGCGGGGUGCAACACACCCUCCUGCUGCGCAGUGAUGGCAGAGUGGCAGCUUGUGGACUCAAUUUGGAUGGCCAGACAGCCAUUCCGGCUUGUGAGCUGCCCAUUGUGGCAGUGGCCGCUGGCGGCUUCCACUCGGUGUUGCUCGAGGAUUCCGGGCAAUGCCUAGCCUUCGGGUGCAAUGCUCAUGGCCAGUGCGACCUCCCUUUUCCACAGGGACCCUACAUGGCCAUCGCUGCGGGCCGAUCGCACACCUUGGCGCUGCGCCAAGGCGGCCGCCAUGUGGACGCGUGUGGUGCCCACGAGGAUGGCCAAACGGCAGCGCCAGACCUGGCUCUCGUUGUGACCAGUGCGACUUCCUUGCCACUGAAGUACGUGGCCUGCGCCGCUGGCGGUCGACAUUCGGUGCUUUUGCGCAAUGAUGGGAAGGCCGUUGCCUUCGGCUGGAACUUCCAUGGUCAAUGUGAUUUGCCCAGCGACGGCCGCUACAGAGCGGUUGCUUGCGGCGAGAACCACACCGUGCUGCUGGCCGAGAAUGGUUUGGUUUGGGCGGCUGGCGAAGAUCAGCAUGGACAGUGCCAGGCAAGCUGUGCAUCAGAGUUUUGA